UAAUGUACUAUUACUGUCAAGAGAGAUAUUUCCAUCAUGUGCAAACUGUUGCCAAUGAGGGCCUUAAGAGGCAUGGCAGUGACCCAGUCUUCAUGUUUUACCAUGCUUUCGGCGUGUUGAUGGAAGGUGGAAUUCAAGAAGCCAUCCGGGAAUUGGAGGAUAUUAAAAACAAACAGGAUAUAUCACUGUGUUCCUUGAUUGCACUUCUGUACGCCCAUAAAAGGAGCGCUGAUCCAGAUCGAGAUGCUAUCCUGGACCUUGAUGUUAAAAUGAAGGAAAUUCGAAGAGCAGCGGGACAGAAAGCUCUGUACUAUGCAGGCCUACUUUUGUGGCAUCUUGGUCGUCACGAUAAAGCGCGUGAAUAUGUUGACAGAAUGAUCAAAAUUUCAAAUGGUUGCAGAGAGGGACUGGUUUUGAGAGCAUGGCUUGAUCUAACUUGUGGAAAAGAAGCUUAUGCCAAAAAAUCUCUGAAGUAUUUUGAGGAAGGUAUGCAAGAUGUAAAUGAUAUCUUUGCUCAGUUGGGUAAGGCACAGUAUUUUGAGAUGCGCCAGAAUUAUUCAGGAGCUCUGGAAACUGUGAACCAGAUAAUAGUAAACUUCCCUAACUUUCUUCCUGCUUUUGAAAAGAAAAUGAAGCUACAAUUAGCCUUGCAAGAUUGGGAACAGACAAUUGAGACAGCACACAGGAUAAUACAGAAAAAUAAUCAAAAUGUGGAAGCCCUAAGAAUGCUGGCUCUUCACCACUUGUGUAGGGAGGGGAAUAUACAAGAGGCUACAGGCAAGCUGGGAGAUUUACUUGGUGCCUUGAAUGCAGUGGAGCCGAGGAACGCUCAACUUUAUUACAAGAUAGCCUUAGCCUUCAGCAGAACGUGUGGUCGUAAUCAAGUGAUCCUUCAACAGACUCAAACAUUAAUAGAAAGAGCAUUUGAUUUAGCUCCCCAGAAUUCAGAAAUUGCUACAGAAUUGGGAUAUCAAAUGAUUUUACAAGGAAAAGUGAAAGAAGCCCUGAAAUGGUAUGAAACUGCUAUGACACUUGAUGAGACAAGUGUUUCUGCUCUAAUUGGAAUCAUCCGAUGCCAGCUAUUAGAAGGACAGUUACAGGAUGCUGAUCAACAGUUGGAAUUCCUUAAUGAAAUUCAACCAUCUAUUGGAAAAUGUGAGGUUCUGUCCUAUUUGCAUGCAGUUCUAGCCAUGAAGAAACACAAAAGACAAGAAGAAGUUAUCAGCUUAUUAAAUGAUGUCCUGGACACUCAUUUCUCUAACUUGCAAGGGGUACCACUUAGUGUGCAGUACUUUGAAAAAUUAAAUCCUGAUUUCUUAUUAGAAGUAAUCAGGGAAUAUUUGCACUUCUGCCCAACUCAGCCUGCAAGUGCUGGCCAACCACCUUCUCCUCUAAUCAGUCACUGUGCCUCAGUCCUGGAGGCUGUGGUAAAAAUUGUACCAGGUCUUCUGCAAGCUGUCUUCCUAAUGGCAAAAGUGAAAUACUUUUCAGGUGACACUGCAGCAGCUAGUAGUAACUUGAAACACUGCCUGGAACAUAGUCCUUCUCAUGCAGAUGCACAUCUCCUGAUGGCUCAGCUUCAUUUGUCUCAAAAUAAUUUUAAAUUGUGUUCUCAAUCCCUAGAACUCUGCCUGAGCUAUAAUUUUGAGAUACGGGAACACCCUUUAUAUCAUUUAAUAAAAGCUCAAUCCCAAAAGAAAAUGGGAGAAAUAUCAGAAGCUAUUAAAACUUUACAUAUAGCAAUGAGUUUACCUGGGAUGAGAAGAAUUGGAAUGUCCUCAAAAUCUAAAUACAGAUCGCCUGAAAUUGAUGCAAGUAAUCGUUUGUCAAUCUUUCUUGAAUUGGUAGAUGUCCAUCGCCUAAAUGGAGAACAGCACGAAGCGGCCAAAGUUUUGCAAGAUGCCAUCAAUGAAUUUUCGGGUACACCCGAGGAACUCCGUGUUACAAUUGCUAACGCAGACCUAGCACUUGCUCAAGGGGAAAUUGAACAGGCCUUAACCAUGCUCCGAAAUGUUUCACCAGAUCAGCCUUAUUUUGUAGAAGCCAAAGAGAAGAUGGCACACAUUUAUCUUCAGCACAGAAAAGAAAAGAAGCUCUAUGCUAGCUGUUACAGAGACCUGGUGGACAAAUUGCCUAGCUCCCAUACCUUUCUUCUUCUUGGUGAUGCAUACAUGAACAUUCAAGAGCCUGAAGAAGCCAUAGAGGUAUAUGAACAGGCCCUGAAAAAAAACCCAAAAGAUGGGACUCUGGCCAGUAAAAUUGGAAAAGCCUUAAUCAAAACUCACAGCUACUCGAAGGCUAUCGGUUAUUAUGAAGCUGCCCUGGAAAAUGGUCAGCAGAGUUUCCUUUGCCAUGACCUUGCUGAGCUCCUGCUGAAACUGAGGCAGUAUGAAAAAGCAGAGAAAGUUCUUCAGCAUGCUUUGGAUCAUGAGCCUGUAAAUGACCUAUCAGCCCUAAUGGAGGAUGGACGUUAUCAAGUUCUGCUAGCCAAAAUUUAUAGCAAAAUGGAAAAGGCAGAUGAAGCCAUCACUUCAUUACAGAAGGCUCGGGACUUACAAGCCAGGGUAUUGAAGCGGGUUCAGAUGGAGCAGCCAGAUGCAGUGCCCACCCAGAAACAGUUAGCUUCUGAAAUUUGUGCAGAGCUUGCAAAGCAUUCUGCUGCUCAACGAGACUAUGAGAAAGCAAUUAAGUUUUACAAAGAGGCUCUUGUUUAUUGGGAUACAGAUAACAAGGUAAUGCUGGAACUUGCACGUUUAUAUUUAGCACAAGAUGAUCCUGAUGCUUGCCAACGACAGUGUGCAUUGCUGCUAAAAAAUGACCAAGAUAAUGAAGCUGCUACAAUGAUGAUGGCUGAUCUCAUGUUCAGGAAACAAGACUACGAACAAGCAGUGUUUCAUUUUCAGCAGCUUUUGGAACGCCAACCAGAUAAUUAUACAAUACUCUCUCGCUUAAUUGAUCUGUUAAGAAGAGCUGGAAAACUUGAAGAAGUUCCAAGAUUUCUUGCAAUGGCUGAGAAACACUCUUCUAGAGCAAAACUGGAGCCAGGAUUUCACUACUGUAAAGGACUGUAUCUUUGGUAUACUGGAGAACCUAAUGAUGCUCUUCGCCAUUUUAAUAAAGCCAGGAAAGACAGUGACUGGGGCCAAAAUGCCAUUUAUAACAUGAUAGAAAUCUGUUUGAACCCGGACAAUGAAACGAUUGGGGGUGAGGUCUUUGAAAAUCUGGAUGGGGACCUGGGUAAUUCUUCAGAAAAGCAGGAAUCAGUGCAGUUAGCAGUGAGAACAGCAGAAAAACUCCUUAAGGAAUUGAAACCUCAGACCAUUCAAGGACACGUCCAGCUUCGCAUAAUGGAAAAUUAUUGUCUAAUGGCAACCAAACAAAAGUCUAAUGUUGAGCGAGCCUUAAACACCUUUACUGAAAUAGCAACCUCUGAGAAGGAUCACAUCCCCGCACUUUUGGGAAUGGCCACAGCAUUCAUGAUCUUGAAGCAGACUCCAAGAGCCAGAAACCAGUUGAAGCGCAUUUCAAAAAUGAACUGGAAUCCUAUCGAUGCGGAGGAAUUUGAAAAGAGUUGGUUGCUUCUUGCUGACAUUUAUAUUCAAUCUGCAAAAUAUGACAUGGCAGGUGAACUAUUAAAAAGGUGUCUACGUCAUAAUAGGUCUUGCUGCAAAGCCUAUGAAUAUAUGGGAUACAUAAUGGAAAAGGAGCAAGCUUAUAAGGAUGCUGCAGUAAAUUAUGAGAUGGCAUGGAAAUAUGGCAAUCAAACAAAUCCAGCCGUUGGGUACAAGCUGGCAUUUAACUACUUGAAAGGGAAAAGAUAUGUUGAUGCAAUUGAUAUAUGUCACAAGAUUCUGGAAGCACAUCCAAGUUAUCCAAAAAUCCGAAAGGAUAUACUUGAUAAAGCCCGUGCAUCUUUAAGAACUUGAACUUUUUAUAUUUGGGUUUUCUGUGUUCAAGAGACGAAAAGGGCAUUGAGCUCUAAAGAUGCUUUCCUCUAUUAGAGUCAGUAUGAACAUAUUCUGUAAGAGAAAAGCCAUUUUCAAAAUUGAUAUCUUCCAGCAGGGGCUGCUGUUGUAGUUGAAGAAAAAUACUGGCAUAUAUUUGGUGUUAAGAAUUAGAAGGAAAGCUUAAAGCAAAGUGGCUUGUUUUAGGGAAUCUCUGUACUUAGAGACAACUUUGAAAUUGUUACAAAAAUUCUAAACUGUUGCACCUUUAAGAAAUAGUCAUACCGUAUAAAGGAAAAUAUUUUGUAAUAAAAACCUAGUAAAUUACACAAUGGUAUAUAUUAGACUGUAAGCUCUAGAGUGUAAGCUCAUUGUGGGCAGGGACCAUGUCUACCAACUUUGUUAUAUUGUACUCUCCCAAGCGCUUAGUACAUUGCUCUGCACCCAGUAAGCACUCAAUAAAUACCAUUGAUUGAUGUACUGCUAGAGUAUAAUAUCUCUGUUUUUCAAAUGGG